UCUGGAGGACCGCGCGCUCAAGUGACCAUGAUGCGGUGACAACGGUAAAAAUCACCCGUGGCUGUGAACACGUUCUCAUCAGUAGGACUCGCCGGUGGCACGUGUAUGUGAAUAUGUUUGGGAUGUGGACGUCACACCGCACAAUGCUGGCUUCAAUAGCUCUGGUUAUUUUGGUCGCUCACGUCAGCACGGUCCUGGCAUUCAGCGAUGGAUCCAAACUGGCAAAAGGUCUCUCGGCCACCAGGAGCGUUUACUGUCACAGGUCGACCAACAAACGCCAGCCGCUACACUUCAACACACAAUGUAACGGCUACUGCGCGCCCAACCUACAGGGGGAGUUGUACUACACGCUGAGCGUGAGUGCCCCAAGCUACUGGCUGGACAUCAUCACGAUUAACAUCACGGCUAAAGACGACACCGACCGGUCAGUCACCGGUUUCUCCAUCUACGCCGUGGACGAGUCCCAGAAAGUUGCCGGCAGUUUUGUAGAGGACGACAACCACAUCCUGGUCGGCUCGUGCGGUGACGUACUCGCCUACAACCAGGAGACCCACGGGGCUUUCCACAAGAUGGCCGACAGGAACCGGAAAAACAUCUCGUUCAAGUUCCAGCCGGAUGGGUUCAACCACGGAGCUAUAUCCUUCGUCGCCUGGGUUGUCAACAACCAUUCAGACAUCCAUUACCUGGAGUCUGAGCUUCUGCUGCCCAGUAAAAACGGUAGCUACUCCUUGGACGUAGAAUCUGUGCUGGAGAAUCUGGUGGACGAGAUCGAUAUGAAAGCGUACGACGAAUCAUUCGAUUACCGGGCCAAAAUGGGCUAUCAUCUGGAUCAGGAAAACCCCUUUGCUAAUUUUGAGAGUGACCCGGAUGUAGUCGAACUCGUCCCCGUCAAAUCGUCGAAAGGGAAUCUAACCCCGGGCAACAUGACAGCACUGAAUGUCAACGUGACAGAUGACAACGUGACAUCGGAGAGUCCGACUGUCUCCAUGGCCCAUACGAAAGAAAGUAAACAGCUGAGUAUGAAUAGCAUCGAUACCCCCAACAACAUGAACGAUGCUGAUUCCGUGUUUGGCCCCGAUUUGUGGCUCCCCCACAACGACGAGUGGACCAAGGUCUACGGCAACGGCGACACCAACCCCAAGUUCAAGGCCCUUCUUCGUUCUUUCAACACGGACAACGCGCAACUGGACUCGAACCCGCGCCCCGCGCCACAGUACUACACGCAAAACGCAGCACCACAGGCUAGCAAUGAAAACACAGCUUCGGGGUCCUAUUACCCCAAUACAGAACCUCUACACACUGAUCACGGUUCAAGCUAUCAACACGACAACCAAAACACAAUUCCAACAGACACAUCAAAUUCUCAAGCUAAGCCCCAUCCCAAUGUUCUGAGCGAAUCGUUUGAAUCCUACCCUGGCGGUGAUAUCCUUGAUACCUCUCCACAUUAUCCUAAUCCCAACUCUCAAUAUCCCGAUUCUAACUCCUUCUACCCUGACCCCUAUUAUGAUACCGUCUUAGGAUACCCUGAUCCUAAUCCAAACUACCCUGAUCCUCAACAGGAAUAUCCUGACCCCAAACCUCAAUAUCCUGAUCCUAAUUCUCUUUAUCCUGAUCCUAAACAAGAAUAUCCUGACCCCAAACCUCAAUUCGAUCCCACACCUCAAUAUCCUAAUCCUCUUUAUCCUGAUCCUAAACAAGAAUAUCCUGACCCCAAACCUCAAUACCUUUACCCCAAACCCCAGUAUCCUAAUCCCAAGCCACAAUAUCCCAAUCAAGAAGAACCAUACUAUGGUCAACAACCCCCAAAAUUCAAAGAACAGCAGUCAACUAUUGGCGGUGACGUCAACAGCUCUAUCCCACAAUCCUUCAAUCAGCAGUACCCAAAACCCACCACACAAGAUGGCGGACAGGACCACCUUCCUGUACAAAAUUUGAUGUAUUAA